GCCGCCCCGAGAGGAGGUGGGGAAAAAGGCUCCGGAGUGAGGAGGAGCCGCAGCGGCGGGUUCUGCUUUUCUGCGCGCGUCCCACCCGCCUUGUUUGGGCUUUCGGUGGCGGCAGGAAAAUGGAGCCCUUCCCCAGUAACGAUCGAAUUCAGUUACCUAGGAAUAUGAUUGAAAACAGCAUGUUUGAAGAAGAACCUGAUGUGGUUGAUUUAGCUAAAGAACCUUGCUUGCAUCCGCUGGAACCUGAUGAAGUGGAGUAUGAACCAAGAAGCUCUCGGCUUCUAGUACGUGGUCUUGCAGAACAUGAAAUAGAUGAAGAUGAAGAGGAUUAUGAAUCAUCAGCCAAACUUCUAGGAAUGUCAUUUAUGAAUAGAAGCACAGGCCAGCGCAAUAGCACCACAAACUACAGGCAGAGUUCUGGUGGAUCAUGCUCUGCACCAUCUGUAAGGACUACAGUGAUCUGUGCUGUUGUUCUUGUGAUUGCUGCUUCUGUAAUAAUGGCAAUCUAUCUUCUUCCUAAAUGUACCUUUACCAAAGAAGGCUGUCAAACGAAAAAACAUCCAGCAGAACUAGUAUAUCCUCUUGCAACCAAUGGACAGCGCUUUCCAUGGGUGAAGAUUAGGCUUCCAAGUGCUGUUGUGCCAGUACAUUAUGAUAUUGCGUUGCAGCCAAACCUAACCACUCUGAUGUUUUCAGGUUCUAUUCAGAUAACUGUGAAUGUCCUCGAAGUUACGUGGCAUAUUAUACUCCAUAGCUCAAGACUACAUAUUACCAAGGCAACUCUUACUCCGCUGGGUUCAAGCCAGCCAAAACCAGUUGAAUUUCUGGAAUAUCCAAUGAAUGACCAGAUUGCAAUUUUGGCCCCAGAGGCUCUGCUUGUUGGACACAACUACACUUUAAACAUGGAAUUUUACUCUAAUUUAUCUGACACUUACAGUGGUUUUUACAAAAUUGCUUACAACAGUUCAACAGAAAGGUGGCUCGCAGCAACCCAAUUUGAGCCCCUGGCAGCAAGAUCAGCUUUUCCUUGCUUUGAUGAACCAGCAUUCAAAGCCACUUUUACGGUCAAGGUCAAGAGGGAACAACAACAUUCUGCUCUGUCCAAUAUGCCAAAGAUAAAAACUACCCCAGUGACUGACGGAAUAGUUCAAGAUGAGUUCUCUGAGAGCCUGAAAAUGAGCACUUACCUAGUGGCAGUCAUUGUUGGAGACUUGGCAAAUAUCAGUAAGGAAACAAAUGGGAUUCUGGUAUCUGUCUAUUCUGUCCCACACCAGUUAGACCAGGCCGAAUAUGCCUUGGACACAGCAGUGAAGCUUCUUGAGUUUUAUCAGAAGUAUUUUGAUAUGAAAUACCCCCUCCCAAAAUUAGAUUUGGUAGCUAUUCCUGAUUUUCAGGCGGGGGCUAUGGAGAACUGGGGUUUGAUCACUUUCCGAGAAACGAUGCUCCUUUAUGAUAAUAAAACAUCUUCAGCAAUGGAUAAGAACAAAGUAACAACAGUGAUUGCUCAUGAGUUGGCACACCAGUGGUUUGGUAAUCUUGUAACUAUGGAAUGGUGGAAUGAUUUGUGGCUGAACGAAGGAUUUGCCACUUUUAUGGAAUACUUUGCCAUGAAGGAAAAUUUCCCAGAAUUAUAUAACGAUGAUUUUCUAAACCUGCGAUUUAAGACCAUGGUGAUGGAUUAUCUGAAUGCCUCUCACCCCAUCUCUCUUGCUGUCCAGUCUCAGGGAGAGAUUGAAGAAAUGUUUGAUACAGUCUCUUAUGGCAAGGGAGCUUCUCUCCUGUUGAUGCUGAAGAACUAUCUCGGUGAGAGUACCUUCACUGCUGGUAUUCAGAGUUACUUGCAUGACCACAGCUAUAAGUCCACCCGUAGUGAUUACUUAUGGGAUAGCAUAACCAAGGUCACAGGUGGAAACGUGGAUGUUAAAAAGCUUAUGAAAACAUGGACUCACCAGAAGGGAUUUCCCUUAGUGACAGUUACAACAAAAGGAAAACAGAUUUUUGUGGAGCAGCAGAGAUUUAUGCAGAAUAUGGAAUUAGAAAAUCAGACCAUACAUUCGAGUUAUUUGUGGAAUAUACCUCUUUCCUACACCACCAGCAAUGUCAGUUCUUUCUUCUCUUCAUAUGCAUAUUUACUGGCCAACCAGUCAGCUGUUAUUACACUCUCAGAUUCAGUGGCCUGGGUCAAAUUCAACAUAGAAUCGAAUGGCUACUAUAUUGUGAAAUAUGAUGAUGAUAAUUGGAAGGUUUUGAUUCAGUUACUGAAAGAUGAUUCCACUGCACUGACUUCCAGUGACAGAGCCAAUCUUAUCCAUGACAUUUUCCAUCUAGCAGGAUUAGGACUGGUACCACUGGGCAGGGCAUUUGAUCUGAUUGAGUACAUAGGGAAAGAAAACAACACUGGUCCAAUCACAGAAGCAUUGUAUCAAGUGAAUCUUAUCUACAACCUAGUUGAAAAGCGGGGAAUGCUAACGCUCGCGGCCAAAAUAGUGAAAAAAGUGGUAAACAUACUUGGAGACAAGAUAAAGAAACAAGAAUGGAUGAACAGUGGGUGCCUCUCAGAACAAGAACUGCAAUCAACUCUCCUAACCUUUGCCUGUUCCCAUAACUUGGGAAACUGCAGUGCCACAGCCGCAGCACUGUUCAUUGAGUGGAUGAACUCCAAUGGCACUAAAAGUCUGCCAGCAAAUAUUAUGAAGAUCAUAUUCACAGCUGGAGCAAAAACUGAAAUUGGCUGGCACUUCCUCUUGAAAAUGUAUUCCUCAUUGGUGUCUGAGACAGAAAAGCUCAAAGUCCUUAAAGCACUAGCCAGCACAGAUGAUGUUGGAAAGCUGCUCAGGUUGAUGCGCACAAGUCUUGAAGGAAUCCAGAUUAGAUCACAGGAUCUUUCACUCAUUUUAAGAACUGUCAGCCAGACUUUGCCAGGGCACUUACUAGCCUGGGACUUUGUCAAAGAGAAUUGGGAACAACUUAUAAGGAAAUUUCACAGUGGAUCGUUCACAAUUCGAAAUAUUGUGACUUCAACAACUUGUCAGUUCUCAACAGAGGAACAUUUGCGUGAGGUGAAGUCAUUCUUUGAGUCUCAGUCAGAGGAGACUGCUCAACUGCGAUGUGUCCAAGAAGCCAUUGAGACAAUUCAGCUGAACAUUCAGUGGAUGAACAUAAACUUGGUGAAUCUGGAAAAGCUGCUGCAGUGAUGCUUGCAGCUCAAAAUGUCCACUUGGAAUGCUGUGACUCUUACUCUUUUUUGCUUUUGCAAAAACCAGGGUUGAAAAUGGGCAAUGCAACUUUCUUUGCACUGUGAGAGGAUUUUAAGUUAGCUCAGGGUACAUUUCUGGCUCUCUUUGGAGUGGACUGGAUAUUGUUGCUUUUACAGGAGUAUUGCAUCCAUACAAAAGGGAGACUACUUUUACUAUUGUCACCCUUCCAUUUGACAUCAAGUUCCAUUUCCUAAAAUUCGGAUAAAGACUGAACAAGAGCAACAAUUCCUCUAAGAGCUGCUUUCCUUUGUAGAGCGCAGGCUGAUCCGCCUUCCAUGUAGUUUGUAGUUUCUUUCAUUGUAAAUACUGUACUUGUUGCGGAGCAUGUGAGGUUUUUUUUUAAGUAUUAUGAUUCGAAAUGGCUGCUAAAGCAUAUGUAGUGGAGGGGAAAGCUUGAAGUUAAAUGUUGGAUCUCCAUUGGGUUAUUUUCCAAAAAAUUAUUCACAUAUAGGAAAUAAUUAUUGGUGGAAAAAUUAUUAUCGAUUUCAAUAUAGCUGGAUGCUGGUGAUACUGUGCUCAAAAUAAGGCAAACAGUUCUUACAAAAAAAGUGAGAAGAGGGAGAACUUACUAUAUAACAAUAAAUGAGAUCGAUAAGACUAAGUCCUUUCUUGCAAAAAUUAUGCCUUCUUGUAGUUACUUAAGUGUAACUUUUUACUGGCGUUGAACCAAUGCUACAGAAUAUUAUACAUACAGAUAUUCUGCCUGAUUUGAGACUUUUAUUGCUGAUUUCUGACCUUUAUGUACUUUACAUCUAUCUAAAGGUCAUCAUUAACAAAAUUCGACAGCGUUAAUUUGUGCCACAGAGCUAUAGUUUUACAUGAUCCAGCUCUGAAAAUUUUACUUUUAUUCGUGUGUUCUGUGACGCAGCCAAAAUGCUAGAGCAACACUGAAACAUAAGUUUUUGUAUAGAUGACCCAAGGAAGGUUACAUUUACGAAAGGGGGUAUGCAGUGCAGUGACACUUCAGUUGUUUAAAUACAGGUUAGGCCACUAUGAAGAAAGACAUAUGUUAUAAAGGCAAAGCAAGCAUUCAGAACCAAAUCAGCUCUUUAAUGAUAAAAAUGAAGAUUAGAUUUCUUUGAGGAGCUGCAUUUUUAUCAGGCUAUCUGUCUGUCUUGAUUCAUCACGUAUACUGCAUAAUAUUUAUUAAAAUACUAGCUUUUCAUCCAUGAUGGAGGUAAGAGGUUUGCAUGCAGAUAACUGCAGAUAGUGCAGUUAGACUAAAGGGAAACCCUUUGAUGUUCUCAGAUAGUUCCAUUUUUGAAACAUUUGAGAAAAUCCAAUCUUGGUAUACGCACAGAAAAAAUGUUAUCCUCUGCUUACUCUUUGAAUGAAAAAGCAUUUUCUUGAAGGGUACACAGUUAGAAGUACUGCCGUGACCUUAGUUUGUCCACGAUUGAGUGUGAAUUGUUCUGCGUACUCUUCUGAUUUUCCUGAUUUGUACUCUGCAUUUGGCUGUUCCUUCUCCUGAUCCUCUCUUUGGUUUGUUUUGUAACAGUACCAGUGGGUAUAAACCUGUAGGACAGCUGCCCAGUUAAUUCCCUUUCUUGGGUCAUUUAACACUGUUCUACAGCAUAUUGAUGUGCUUGCUACUGGAAACAAGGAGUGUGCUUGAAUAUAAAGAACACCUGUACCUUAGAAUUAAGAAUAUAACGUUAAAGUACUGUUUUCCUAAGAACUCUUUCCAAUUAUUUAUUUAUUUUUAGUAUGGAAUUCAGAUUUUGUUAAGUGGUGGUUGCUAUUGAACCAAUUAUGUAUAUUCUUUGUUCACCCAUGCCUGGACAAGUAUCCAGUCCCCAGUAGAACUAAUCAAAUCUGUCUCACUUUCCUCCCAAAUUUCAAAUGAAAUACAGCUUUGAUUCCAACAAACUUUGAUUCUUUUAAAAUUUUCUGUUGGUUCACUAGAAGUUGGAGUGGUUGGACUGUGCUUUAUUUGUUUUUUUAAGUUCAAGCCAAAGCAGCAAUUUACAGGUAUUGGGUUAGAUUAUCUUUAAUCUGUAUUGUAGUGUUCAUUUCAGGAGGUUAAUAAUGCACUGUAGUAAUAUUCAGAGGGCUUUUCUGUAGCUUAAUACGGAUAAAUCUUGUUAAAGAAUUUUCUACAAUGUUUUAAGACACAUACAAGGCUAUUAAUGGUAUAUAUAUUUAUGGUGAAAUCUCAGUUCUGUUUAAUAUUCUUUAGCUUUGGAAACAUCUGAAAUUCUGGUCAUGUUCAAAGUUUCCAUGCUACUAGGAUGUCCUACUCAGCAGUAGCCCCUCUGUCUACAUUAGCUGUUGUCACUCCUCUAACAUCUCUAAUGUCUGAGCUUGAAAAAUUUGUCUGUGUGUUGUCAGAAUGUUUCCUUGUUUCAGCCCCCUCGUCAACCCCUUAUAUGUAGAAAUGCAUCAUAGAAAUUUUCAAGCAGUGUUUUUUCUUUAAUCAAAUCUUGAAUGUGUUUUUAAAUCUUUCUGGGUUGUGGGUUUUUGCAGGGACAGAAUUGGAAAAGGGACAAUCUUGGUUGUAUUUAAUGUAACAGUAGCAAUGAUUCAUGUGCCUUAUGGAGUAUAUUAUAAUGACUAUGAAAGGAAUAUAUUGGCAUACAAAGAAAGUCUGUAUUUUUUACGCUCUCCUUUCUCAAUUUUUGUCUUAUGUAUAGGAAGUCUUAUGUUGUUAUGAUUACUGAGUGAAUUAAACUUUUUUAGGUCAUCUUGUUGGAAUGUCUUGCAAUAAAAUCAGUUAUUAGUUC